UGGACCUUCGUGGACAAGCCUAUCGCAAACGGGUGGAUCCAAACAACGCUCUCUCACGACGAUGUUGAAGAGACUGACGGCUUGCUUCACCACUUCGGCCCCACAACAAAACACAAGGGGUCCUAAAACAACCACCGGCGCUGCCACGAACAACGACAAGCCAUCUUCAGCUCACCCUCGCUCAUCGUCCGAAGUCACAAUGUGUAUGCACAACCACACCGCGGGCGGUGCCGGCAGCGGAAACACAGGCGAGAGGGAGAUCUUGCCCGCUACCGUCAAGCCUUCCCACUACAAGGUCGAGAUCACCCCCGACCUCGUCUCCUUUGAGUUUGCCGGUGUCGUCGACAUUACGCUCGAUGUCAAGGAGAAGAUUGACAAGAUUGUCUGCAAUGCCAAUGAGCUGACUUUCAAGUCUGCUUCCGUGACCUCUGUUCACAUGAAGACUGAGAACACGCAAAAGGCGACCAAGAUCAACGUUGAUGAGAAGGCGGAGACCGUCACCUUCGAAUUCGCCACUGCUAUCGAGGCUGGAGCGACCGCCACUCUUCACGUCGAAUACACUGGUAUCCAUAACGACAAGAUGGCCGGUUUCUACCGCUCUUCUUACACUGCGGACAACGGAGAGAAGAAGCACAUGGUUGUCUCCCAGUUUGAGGCUACGGACUGUCGUCGUGCUUUGCCUUCUUGGGAUGAGCCCAACCUCAAGGCCACUUUUGACGUUAUCUUGAAUGUCGAGAAGAACUUGACCGCGCUCUCGAACAUGAACCAAACGGAAGAGAAGAUUGUGGAGAUCAACGGCAAGGAGAAGAAGGCCGUUCACUUCGCCACUACUCCUAUCAUGAGCACUUACCUUCUCGCUUUCGCUGUUGGCGAUCUCGAGUACAUUGAGGCUACCGCUACCCCCAAAUCUCCUGCUGACGCCAAGCCUCUGGUAUGCCGUGUCUACACCCUCCCCGGACACAAGCACAAGGGUCACUUUGCCCUCGAAGUUUGCGCACGCACCCUCGAGUUCUUCUCGGAAUACUUCGAUAUUGCUUACCCACUGCCCAAGAUGGACCUCAUUGCCAUCCCCGACUUCAGUGCUGGCGCUAUGGAGAACUGGGGUCUGGUCACUUACAGGGAGAUCCUGCUUUUGUACGACGAGAAGUUGACCAGCGCUGGAACUAAGCAGCAAAUCACCUACGUCGUUGGACACGAGCUUGCCCACCAAUGGUUUGGAAACCUGGUCACAAUGGACUGGUGGUCCGAGUUGUGGUUGAACGAGGGUUUCGCCACCUUCGUCGGAUGGAUGGCCACCGACAACCUCUUCCCAGAAUGGAAGGUGUGGACUCAGUUCUUGGUUGACGACUACGCCUCCGGCAAGUCCCUCGACGCUCUGCGAAGCAGUCACCCCAUUGAUGUCGAUGUCAACAGCCCUGCCGAGAUUUCCAACAUCUUCGAUGCCAUCUCCUACUGCAAGGGUGCCUCGGUCAUCCGGAUGUUGAACGCUUACCUGUCCACCGAGACCUUCAAGAAGGGUAUUCGUGACUACUUGAAGAAGCACCAGCUUUCUAAUGCCACCACUGGAGACCUGUGGGCGGCUCUUCAUGCCGCCUCUGGUCGCGAUGUCGCGUCGUUCAUGCAUCCAUGGACCCGCGACGUCGGCUACCCCUUGGUUCACGUUGUAGGCGAGUCCUUCGACGAAGCCAAGGGCGAAGUUACCCUCAAGCUCAAGCAGAGCCGGUUCUUGUCUUCCGGCGAUCUCUCUGCCGCUGAGGACAAGGAAGGCACCGUUUGGUGGAUCCCGUUGUUGAUCACCACCCACUUGAGCUCCCGCAAACCCACCGAGCACAUCCUGGCCGAGAAGGAGGCUGUCAUCACUUUCCCGUACUCCAAGGCGGACGGUGCUUUCUGGAAGCUUAACUACGACACCACUGGUUUCUACCGUGUGCGUCUGAACGAGGAGCAGCUGCGCCACCUCGGGGCUGUCAUCAAGAAAACCCCCGACGCUCUCACCACGGAGGACAAGUUGGGUGUCCUGUCUGAUGCCUUUGCUCUUGCGCUCUCUGGUCAAGGAAGCACCCUUGGAGCGUUGGAACUUCUGAAGAGCUUCGAAGCCGAAGACAAUUACAUUGUCCUCAAGGAAGUUGCGUCCCGCAUUGACUCCGUCCUCGCGGCCUGGUACAAGGAACCCGAAGAAGUGGUCAAGGGUCUCAAGGCCAUCAAGCGCGCCAUCUUUGCUCCCAAAUUCAAGACUCUUGGUCUGGACUACCCUGCCAAGGAGGAUCACUUGACCGCCAUGAAGAGGACUCUCGUCAUUGAGAGCGCUGCUCGUGCCGGAGACAAAGAUGUAAUUGCCGCCCUGCAAGAGCGUUUCAAGCGUUUCAUUGGUGGUGACGAGUCUGCUCUCCCGCCAAACAUCCGCGGCAUCGCGUACGAGAUCGUCCUAUACCACUCCACCCAGCCCGCCGAGGACUUUGAAUCCGUCCUCAACAUCUACAAGAAAGCCGAAGCGCCCGACCAGCGCCUCUACGCCCUCCGCGCCCUCGGCUCCACCAGCGACGAGAAGCUCGUCGACCGUCUCCUGAACGAGAUCCUCCUCGACACCGAGCUCGUCCGCUCCAACGAGGCCUACGUACCCCUCAGGUACCUCGCCUCCAACAACCCCAACCCACACACCGUCCGCCCCAAGCUGUGGCAAUUCGCGACCACCAAGUGGGACGCGGUCCUUUACCCCCGCUACAAGCCCACCAUCUCCCUCCUCGGCCACAUGUUUGUUGCCUGCUUCGUCUCGCAAGUUGGUGACGGCGUCGCGCAGAUUGUCGAGGACUGGAUCGCUGGAAAGGAGCUGAAGGACGAGAAGGCACGUGAGAAGCGCGUCGAGGAGGUUAAGUCCAUCAAGCGACCUGUCGACCAGGGUCUUGAGAGUGUUCGUGACAAGAGCGCCUGGGUUAAGAGGGAUGGGCAGAAGGUUGCUGCUUGGGUUAAGGAGUCGGGUGUGGCCACGGCUUGAAAUGGUUGAUACGUGCUGAUUUGGAUGUGACAUUGCUUUUAUGUAUGUAGUUCCAUCUCGCGCUGGAAGAGUUCUGUAUGUAGAUUCCUGCAGCGUAGAUCCUCAUUCCCAUAGCCCUCUUUGCAUAGCUCUCAUGUCUGUUCUGAUGUACUGUAGAUGCUCGCUCAUGGUACAAUGAAUGUCUUGCAUCUGCUAUAUCCUUUGGCCUCACGCUUUGUUCUCGGCAUAUCAGGCUGACAGUCGUAU